UUGCAGAACCGAGAAGAGAUCUCUUUUGAAGAAGUGAACAAAUUUGUGGGAUUGUGGGUUGGUGACGAAAACAGCAAAGACAAGAGAAAGGGGAAAGAAAAGAAGGUAGGGCGGGGUGGUGGGAAAGAUGGGGAGAGGAAGGGUGGAGCUGAAGAGGAUCGAGAACAAGAUCAACAGGCAGGUGACCUUUGCGAAGAGAAGGAAUGGUCUUUUGAAAAAAGCUUACGAGCUUUCCGUGCUUUGCGAUGCGGAGGUUGCUCUCAUCAUCUUCUCUAAUAGAGGAAAGCUGUACGAGUUCUGCAGCAGCUCGAGCAUGCUCAAAACUCUAGAGAGAUAUCAGAAGUGCAACUAUGGAGCCCUGGAGCCGAACGUGUCCGCGAGAGAAUCCUUGGAGUUAAGCUGUCAGCAGGAAUAUUUGAGACUUAAGGCACGUUAUGAAGCCCUACAGCGAACUCAAAGGAAUCUUCUGGGAGAAGAACUUGGCCAGCUAAGCAGCAAAGAGCUCGAGUCCUUGGAAAGACAGCUAGAUGGGUCAUUGAAGCAGAUCAGAUCACGAAGAACUCAGUACAUGUUAGAUCAGCUGACUGAUCUUCAACAUCGGGAACAGUUGCUCCACGAAGCAAACAGGACCUUGAAUCAACGGUUGAUGGAAGGAUACCAAGUGAAUGCGCUCCAGUUAAAUCAACAUGCCGAGGAAGUCGGAGGAUACGGUCAUCCACCGCCGCCGCCACUGCCGCCACAGCCACUUGCUCAGCCUCACAGCGAAGCCUUUUUUCAUCCCUUGGAAUGUGAACCCACUUUGCAAAUGGGAUACCAGCCCGAUCCAGUGUCAUCUGUUAUAACGGGAGGACCAAGUAUAAAUAACUUCAUGCCCGGAUGGUUGCCUUGAAGAUAACACGGCUGAUGAGCCCUUGUGUCGAUUCUGGCCAUAAGAACCAGUGUUUUUUAUGUGUCGUUUGAUGAACAUGCCGAAUCGAUAAUGCUAUUAUUAACUUUAAUUGCGCUGGACCUUAGGAGCUUUGUAAUCCUAAAUGCUUUUGGUCGUUUGCUUGCUAAAGCAUUGGAUUAGUACUUUCAAGCUUGUAGAAAAUAAUCUGCCUCUACAAGCUCAAUGGAUAUGUGCUCUUUGCAAGUGGCUUUUGA